CGCAAACGGCAAAUUUUCAAAGACUUCAAGAAAUCAUGUGUGGAUUUCGCUUGGUGAAGAUUAUGGGUCGCUCGUGCACCAAUCUGACUGUUCGUGGAUAUCAAAAAAUGAGUUGUGAUACUAUCAAUCCUCAUGUGGUGAAGCUUCAGUAUGCUGUCCGUGGACCGAUAGUACUUAGGGCGCUAGAACUAGAGAGAGAAAUAUCCCAUGGAUCAAAAAAAAGAUUCAACAAAAUUAUCCGUUGCAAUAUCGGGGACUGUCAUGCGUCUGGUCAAAGGCCCAUCUCAUUUAUUCGUGAAGUUUUGUGUGCCGCGACAAAUACACAUAUAAUGGAUACCAACUUAGUUCAAGACGAUGCUAAAUUAAGAGCCAGGAGAUUUUUGGACAGUUGUGGUGGAAGUGUUGGUAAUUCAUUUGAAUAAACUCAUGAUUUUUUGACCAGACCAUAUCAAUUAUUUGAAGUGUGAUUUUACAUGACGUAUGUUAACGUUAUCUCAGUCGCUUAAAAUGUUUAGUCGAAUGCUGUUGGUUACUAGUCUAACGGUUCUCAUUCCCCUUGCUUCAUUAAUAGCAUCCGGGAGUCCCUUGGAAAUUAAUUUAGUCCGUCAACUGCGUGUGUAUUAAUAAAAUUAAUCCAACUAACACUAGUCCUAAUUCGAAUCAACUGGCUCGUUCAGCGAUUUCAUUUUCUAUCAAAUAGAGUGGGUAUUUCUACGAAGUCCUGACGUAUGCUUUGUGUUCGGCAUCAUUAUGUGACUUUGUUUAAAUUUUUAGAUAUAACGCUAGAUAUACCAAGUUAGUACCGCCAUUCAUUUUCAUUACACUUAUAUGUCUGGUAAUAUGCCUUUAAUAAUUCAAAACACUAAAACUGAUGAUUAGACCCAUCCUAGUGAAGGUGAGCGGCACGUUAGUAUCGAACGACAGUGAUGUCAAGUUCUCCUAAACAUUAUGUACAGAUAGUUUGCGUCAAACCAACAGGUAACUGGCAAGUAAGGGGAAAAUAUCAGGGAAAUACUACUAUCGGUUACUCACAAACGUAAACGAGUUUGAUUGCCAAGUUGAUUAUUUAUUUUGUGGACAGGCAUACUAAGGAAUAUUAUGAAUAAUUACUAUUUUAAACUGCUUUCUGUUGAAUGUUUACUAUUGCAACAGUUCCUUUCGGUGAUUUCAUUGUAAUUUUUACUUGAAUUGGGAAGUCUAUAAGUAUUCAUCAACAAACAAAGUAAUACCCCUUCAUGCAAUAUUCAACUAGUUAGUGUUUUUACUUUUUGAGGCAACAGAUGAAGUUAACCACAAGAGAUUUUGAAAAUAACUAAAUGACAUGGGAGCCCAGUGGAUAAUUUUUAGGAAGGAUUUCAGUUUCAGGUUCAUCAAAUGGUUGGUCAUACAAAGAAAUGUUAACUACUGUAUUCAACACCAAUAUCCUAGCAAGUUAACCAAUAUCUUCAAACUUGAAGAUGUAAGUCUUCAUGCUCGUAUGUACCUUUUGCUAAAGAUACAUAGUAUUAUAGACCAGUUUCUUUGUGACGUUUGGUUUUAAGUAGUUGUUCUGCUUAAGUUACUUCGUGAUAAAUUUCACUUUCAGACAGAUUGGUCUAUUUUGCCUUGCAACUCCUGUAGGUUUGCUUAAUUUACAGACGCCACAUUCGUUUAUGCCCACUUAUAUUCAAAAUCUAACAAGCUAAGUGUAAAUCAGCUAAGGUCAACAUGACUUACUAUACUGUUGCAGAUUACAAUUCGCUAAUGAAGUGUGAUAGCGUAAAAUACGAAAGGGUUUUAAAUAAACGGAAGUCAAAUACGUAAAUACUCCGUCACAGCUGUGACAAAUUUACGAUACAUUCUCUGAUCAAUAACUCAAAUUAUAAUUGUUUAGUCGUCUUAAAGUCAUAUUAUGUUCCUACUUCAGUCAGUCUCGGACUCCAGCGGUUUCAACUAACUGAAAUUCACCGUCUUAUUGGUGCACUUAACUUAUGCAGUUGGGCUUUGGUAUGGUUUUCGUUCACCUAAAUUAGAAUUGUUGUCAUGAUCCCACCCAUGAAGAUUCCUCUGGACUUUUAAUUUACUAAUAGUUCACCUUUGAAGUUGAAAAUAUUAUGGUUUCAGUUGUAGACCAAAAUAAUACUGUUGUGGAAGUUUGGUAGUUAAAAUUAAGAUACCGCUAAGCUUUAUGAUCUGUUGUUAACAAAGUGUAGACUAACAGAUGCCCAAUAACUUUAUUACCUGUGGACGUAUAAUUAAUUUUUCAUAUCAUAGGAGUCUACAGCCAGUCUACAGGCGUAGAAGUUGUCCGCGAAGAUGUUGCACAAUACAUAAAACAACGGGAUCAGUUAUCAGCUAAUCCCCAAAAUAUUUUCUUAUCCAAUGGGGCAAGUGAAGCCGUUAAGUCAAUUCUUCAGUUGAUAUCCACUGGAGAAGAUGGAUCCAAACGUUCUGGUAUUAUGGUCCCCAUACCUCAAUAUCCUCUUUAUUCAGCAACAAAUGCUGAAUAUAACGCCUAUCAGAUUGAUUACUACUUAGAUGAAUCAAAUGGAUGGGACCUAAGUAUUGAACAGUUGGAAGAAGCUUUAAAAAAAUGCAAUGAUAAAUGUAUUCCACGUGCUUUGGUAGUAAUCAAUCCUGGCAAUCCAACAGGUCAAUUACUAUCAAAAGACACAAUUACAAAAGUUUUAAAAUUCGCUUACAAACAUAAUUUAGUUGUGUUAGCCGAUGAAGUUUAUCAACAUAAUAUUUAUUCACCAGAUACAGGAUUCAUCUCAUUUAAACGCGCUUUAUAUGAUAUUGGCGGAAGGAUUUCCAAUGAAUUACAGUUAGCAUCAUUUAUGUCAUGUAGUAAAGGCUAUAUGGGAGAAUGUGGUCUUCGCGGUGGAUAUUGUGAACUUGUGAAUUUUCCUGAAGAUGUUCAACAACAAUUAUAUAAAUCCCUUUCAGCUCGACUAUGUUCUUCAUUAUUGGGUCAACUAACAAUGGAUGUGGUUGUAAAUCCUCCAAAACCUCAUGAACCAUCUUACAAUUCAUUUAUGAAAGAAAAAUCAUCAGUACUAGAAGAACUUAAACAAAAAGCUGAACUCACUACAAAAUCAUUAAAUUCACUUCAAGGUUUUUCAUGUAAUCCAAUCACUGGAGCAAUGUAUGCAUUUCCACGAAUUGAUCUACCUAGAAAAGCAAUCGAAAUAGCAAAGCUAGUCAAUGUACCUUGACAUAACUUGUGAAAUUUAAUUCUGGUUGUUUAUCGAUGUUGUCUUAAACAAUUUUUUUCAGUCGAAAGGUAUGCAACCAGACUUUAUGUACUGUUUGGAAUUUUUGGAAGAAUAUGGCGUCUGUGUAGUACCAGGAUCUGGAUUCGGUCAAGUACUAGGAACUUGGCAUUUUAGAAUAACAAUUCUCCCUAGCAUUGAAGAAAUGAAACUGGUCAUGGACUAUUUAAAAGAAUUUCAUACAUCUUUUCUGACAAAGUAUUCUUGAAUCGUCUAACUAUGUGACAAUCCAUAGAGUAUCUAAAAUUUUUAUGUUAUAUACAUACAACUUUCACAUUCUCAUUCAUCAAUGUAUACACAGAUAUUUUUGUUCGUAUCCAAUCAGAAUUUUUUCUUUUUUCCUCUUUUCAGUUAUCUAUCUCUGAAUCUACUACAUUCAGCUGGUGUACUAAUGUUUAAUUCUUAUCUAUUUAGAACUUCAAUUAUCAAACAAGGUUACGUAGUAAUCAGGGGAUUCUUAUCUAACUCCCUGAAUAUUAUGUAACCUUGUUUGAUAAUUAGAGUCUUGAAUCACUUUAUGAUGUAAUCUAUUCUAUCCUUUUGUUUAUUUAUUUAUCUAUCUAAAAAACAAUCGAUUGAUUAAUAGUUUAUACAAAAAAAGAAUGAUGAUUUAAAUGGUUUAGUAAUUUCCAAUUAAUUCCUACAUUAAUGUAUGUGCCCAUCCAAACCUUGCUAAACUGAUCACAGUUAAUUAACGCUUAUUGUGUGUUUUUUUUUAGAAUUUUUUUCUGUUCACCUUCUUGUACUUUUUAUCAUGUGGAAAAGUAUAAAUAAUUUAUCAUAUUAAUUGAUAUUUAAUUAUUUCUGUUCUAAACUGAUAUCACAUGAAACUAACAUUAGAAACCAAAAAAUAUAGUAAAUAAUUAUUUCCUUAUCCUUAACCUGUUUAUGGAAUAGAAUCUAUAAUUCCAACGGAUUACUUAAUUAAUAUUUCAUUGAUUAUGUUGACUCUAAAAAAAUGUUCCAUCCGUUUUUGUGAACCUACUCAACAACAACAACAACAACAACAAAAACAUUUAAAAAACGUAAAAGUAAUUUACUCUUUCUUGUAAAUGAUCAAAAUCAGGAUGAAUAUAAUGCUAGGAUUAUUUAGUGAUUUAUUUGAACACAUACAUAUUGGUACAAAAGGGCACUGAAUACAUAUACGCCACACAAAUCUCAUUUGAUUUGUGUGUGGGCUGUGAUACUGCCUGGGUGCCCACACCGAAGCAGGUGAUUUUCUUAGGGGGCCACACCUGGAGCCUUCGACCUAAAGGUCUGGUCCACAAGGCAAUGGAGCAUCGUUGGGAGAUGCAGUCCCAUGGUAGCCAGUGACAAACGAUUGUUUCAUAUGCAAUGUGUCUCCUCAGGAUACUGGAGCCCAUAUGCACCAUUGGUUUGGAAUCAGGGUUUUCCAACUUCCCUAAGUGGACUUUCCGUGUCCAACAACCCAGUUAAAGCGCCGAACAUUCACUUUUCUUCCUCUCAAUUUCGUAAACAACACCAUUGCUGCGAGAAGGCAGUGAGUAGGACUUACUUGGAAAUUAAAUGGUAACCCUCCUACAUUCAUCACCUAACAUCAAAUCCAUUUCUGAAAAUCUUGUCCAAGUUAAGAUCUCCGAAAAUAUUUUUUAAAGAACUCACUAAAAACAAAUUUACCAUUCAGUCAAUGAUUUGAAAGCUCGGGACGUGUCAGAAACUUCGAUUAGUCUUAUUAACUAUCUAAUUAACUACAGUACUAUUGGAAGUAAUCGUCACAUUUUAGUAAAGCAAACAAAAAAAUCGACUUAAUAUUCAUUAUUUCCACGAAACUUACCAAGCUAUUUAUUGAGCACUAUAAUAAAAACCCUUCAAAUGUGAUAAAUAUUGUUUAUACAGAGAAUAAAACAAAUCACAUAUUCAAUGUAUACAUGUAUCUUAAUGUUGAUGUGUGUACGAUUUAAGCGUGUUCAUCACCAGGUAUUAGUAACCGAGGGAUCAAUAAAUAUCAGGGAGCACUAGGUGGUUCUAUAAAUCUUCAACGGAUACCUAAGCAUGACAGUUAUUCACAGACUAGAUCACCAAAUACCUAGACUGAAUAUUAUAAACCUCUUACCCCUUCCUUCCUUCAUUUUUAUUUAUUUUCCUUAUUAUCAUUAUUUGUCAUUAUCUAUAUCUUAAUCUUCAUAUCCAACAUUCCCAAUUUGUUGACCGUAAUUACCUUGAUAACACCCCCCCUUAUUAUAUUCACACAACAUUAUUAUUAUUAUUAUCUCAGUUGACAAAAUUAUUUUCAAUUUUGCAAUAGUACUAUUAUAUUAUCUUAUUGUGACUGAACAAUUUACUGACCUUUAUUGAAUGACCUUUCUAAUUUGCAAAUAUUACAAUUUUUUGAAGUAUAUAUAUAUAUAUAUAUCGUAACAGAUGCAAACGUUCACCAUUUUUAACACAUAACAUUGUCAAACUCAUUAAAACAUGCCUUAAUUUUGGUCUUUGUAAAAUAUCAUAAAUAUGGACUUAUAACUGUAGAGCCUGAUGAUGAAGUUAUUGAAAACAAUUGUUCGCUCAAAUAUUCUUCGUUUUAGACUAAUAUUGGUUCAAACUUCUAUGAAUAAUACCUUUUCAAGUAAAUAAAGAUUAUUGAUGAUAAAAUUUCGACAACAGACAUUUACUUUAUUCUUAACGAGCCAAUUAUCUCAUCUGCUCUUAGAAAAAGUAUCUUAACCUAACAGUUACAAUAGGAUCGUCUUUGAACUGAAUGAAUCAUUACAAGAAUCUUGCACUAAUGAGAAACAAGUUAUAAUAUUUUCGAUCAUUUCAGUAAGCAUAAAUAGUCUUUUAUUUAUCAUGUAAUUAUGAAGGCCCCAGUAUAGACUGUCAAGUUUAGUACAGUAGUGUACGUCUUCCUUUGAAUGGUGCUACUUUACUUCUUGGCGAUCAUAUGAUCAAUAUUUAUUAAAACAUUUGUCCUACUGUUAUGAAGGACAUUGAAACCUCGAUGAUAGUAGUUUAUUCGUAAACUAAUCAUGAUUUUAUUCAAGUACUUACAAAUCAUUAGUAGUAUAAAGUUUUAUAACAAAAUUUAUUCUCAAGCGACUAUUUCAGUGGGCUUAGAUAAAUUCUAAAACACCGCUCUGGUUAGAUAUGUAGUGUUAUGGCCCAAAGCCGCAAAUCAGAAGCAGAGAAUUAUCGAUCGAACCAAAGACGCGUGAAACACGUGCGAGCAGCCUAGAGUCCUGAUUGGCCCUACUUUCCGCCUAGCCCAGCCAGUUAGGUCCAGAACACCAGUCUCAGCCUAUGUAAUAUGAAUCAUUAUAUUUCAAACAUACUGAGUUUAUAUACCAAUCAAACAGACCACAACGUACCAAUAAAAUAUGAAACAACAUUUGUACAAGAUUUGGCCAAAUGUGUCUAUGAAUGAGGGAGGUAGUAAUUAAUAUACUGGGUAUAACUCGAGAAUGGUAAAACGUAUAAUAAUAAUAGGUUAUGGGUCAAAAUAAAGCUUAUAAUAAGCGGAAUAUGAAUAUGCAUAGUUUAGUUAUUUAAUAAUUAUACAAUAGAAAUAUACGUUUAGUAUUGAUCCACCAACAGAUUCCAAAAGUUACCAUUCAUCACUCUUGUCGGGACAUAACAUGUAACAAUUGAUAAAAUUACAACCUGCUUUGCCAGUGAUAUUGUUAGAAGCACAAACACAACGACUGGAGACUAGGAUCUCUUAUUAUUCCAUCAAUAUGAUUUUGAGAAGAAAUGAAAAGUUAGCAAAGAAAAUUUCUAUUACAACGAUAUUCUGUAAUAAAGAUUUGCAGUCUCACUUAUGUCUAUUUAGCAAACAUAGUCUAUUACAAAAACCAAAACAGAUUAGGUAGUUGAUUGUUUGGAAAUUUUCAGAAUCACAAUAGGGUUAUUUAUAGGUCUAAAGAUUGAAGAAAAGUAGAAGGAUGAAAAUAAUAUCCAUAGCAGAAAUAUGUGAAACAAUCGUCCACAUAAUAGAUAUGCAAGAGAAAUAUAACACAUGAAAUCUACAGGUUAUGAUUUUCGCUAGCUUUAAUUCCAUCGGUUUGAGUAUUUUGAUGACUUUGAAGAAUAAUUCUGGUGUGGCAAAGUGACUAGAAUCUGUAAGAUGUUCCAAAAUCAGAAGAUUAUCUAUUUUGAAUAUUUUUCACAUUUACUUAAUAGUCCCACCACUAUUAUAGGAAAAAAAUAAUUACCCAAACAACUCAUAUCACACAAGAAAAGCAGAAAGUUACGCAUAUCGUUUUCAAACAUUAAUUUUAUGUGAAUUGAAACAACUUCAAGUUAUUGUAUAGAACAAGCGUUGAGAACAGCUACAA